CAAUUGGUCCUUUAUCAGUAAAGAACUGGAACAAAUAAUUUCAUCAUGCUUUUCGGUUGGGUCACAUUUGUGGUCGACAAUGAGGCGGUCCCGAAGGCCUUGGUACUGCUCAACUCAUUGAGAGCGUGUCAUACAUCGGAGAAAAUCGUGGUGAUUUUGGGGAAAUCCAUCUCUCCAGAAAACAUAGGUCGCAUAAGUCAUUACGCUGAUGAUGUUAUCCAACUACACUCUCUAACGGAAUUAGCUAUCUCGCCCGAUGUCGCGGCUCGGAUUCAGUGCUGGAGUUUACCUGGGUUUUCAAAACUCAUUUUUCUGGAUGCUAGCUGUGUCGUCCUUCAAAAUGUUGACAAUUUGUACACCGAGACAAAAUCUGGCCGAGUUGUCCUCUCGAAGAACAACUCUGCUGGAAAUGAAAGCUCAAUACUGGUUUUGGAGCCUUCAUUUCAAUUCUACCAACGUCUCACCACCGAUCUGAAAAGUUCCUUUAAAUCCGGCGACGCGAGUCAAUGGUUUAGUCAAUAUUUGAGCAAAUUACCAAACUGUUCAGAAUUAGAUGCAAAAUAUGGAUUCGAGCUAGGUGAAAAAGAGUCAAAAUCAAUUGGAGAAAUAAGCCUUCCUUCCAUUGCCAUCAUCCGUGACUCUGACAUCAUGAAAGCUUCAGAAGACAACAGUAUUAUCAAGGACAUUCUGCAAUACCGAAAAAUUUUGGAGGACAAUGUUAAGCAUACCUUCGCAUCCAGCAACGCUCACGAAACUCCGAGAGCGCGAGCACAAGGUCCUGAACCGGUUGCAGUUGUCGGGAUAUCAUGUCGUUUCCCUGAGGCAAACUCGAUGGAUGAAUUCUGGGAACUUUUGAUUGAAGGGGGGAACGGCAUCAAGAAAUGUCCCACCAACCGAUGGACCGUUGAGCAAGGAUGCAACGUUGAAGAUCCGGAAAUGCAAUGUGGAUUCUUAAAAUGCCCCAUUGACGAAGUUGAUGCAUCGUUUUUUGGAUUUAAUCCCAUGGAAUUAAAAUAUACAGAUCCUCAACAACGACUCCUCUUGGAAGUGGCACAUGAGGCGUUGGAAGAUGCAGGGAUCAGCGUGAACGAAUUGCACAACCGCCGAAUCGGAGUUUUUACCGGAAGCUGGAAGGACGAUUAUAAAGAACUCAUGAUUGAAAGUGGCUUCAAGGGAACUGAAUUCUUCAGGACGUACAUGGGCAACGCGUACUCUUCAACAUCUGCCCGCUUGUCGCACGUACUCGGCGUAACUGGCCCAAAUAUUGCUACGGAGUCUGGAUGUUCGGCAUCCUUCGCUGCUAUCAGAGAGGCAACAAAUGCUUUACGAUCGGGGGAAGCAGAGAUUUGCAUUGCCUCUGCCGUCAACUUGAUAUUGCAUCCGUUUAAGCAUGAGGACAUGAAGGCCGUAGUUUCACCAGAUUUCCGCUGUAAAACCUUUGACUCCACAGCAAACGGGUUUGCUAGAGCGGAGGGCGUGGCCAGUUUGGUACUCAAACGCUUGUCGGACGCAGUGAGGUCAGGGGAUCGCGUUUAUGGUCUCAUUCGGGGCAUGGGCAUGACACAAGAAGGAACCAGUUCCAGCAUGGGCACCCCAACAGUCGAUACUGAAGCUUUAGCCAUGUCACUCGCACUUGAAGAGGCGCACGUUGCCCCGGCCGAAGUUGACUAUGUUGAGGCUCAUGGGACUGGAACGGUCGUAGGAGAUCCUAUUGAGGUUAACGCCAUCACCAAAGCGUACGCACAACCUCGGCAGAACCCGCUUUUAAUUGGGGCAGUGAAAACUAAUAUCGGACAUGCAGAGGCAGCCGCAGGAAUGGCGUCCAUCAUCAAAACCCUUCUGGCCUUCAAGCAUGAGAUGCUUCCACCCCACCGGAAUGUGACCACUUUUAAUCCAAACAUUGACUUUACCCGCAUCCCAGCCACUGUCCCGCUUAAACCGACCCCAUGGAAAAAAUCUUCAAACCGGAAACGAAUCGCGGGAAUUUCAAACUUUGGCAUUUCUGGAGGCGACACCCAUAUGAUUUUGGAGGAACCACCAGCAAUCCCACCGAAACGAAGUAUUUUCAGUUUCUCGAGCCCGUCCAAAAAUAUUGUUACUCUUUCUGCGAAAACGAAAGAAGCUCUCAAUACAUGCCUCGAACGUCUCGAAGCUACUCUUCAUUCCAAUCCGUCUCUGACUUUGGACGACGUCGCGUACACGCUCAACAUUGGAAGAUCACACUACAAGCACCGAGUGGCCUUGAUUGUUCCGGACGCUGGCUCAAUUUCUGCCGCUAUCACAAAAAAAUCUUACCUGGAGUCGCCAAUAAAUUGGAAUUCUAACAAGGUUACAAGAAUAGGUUUCAUGUUCCCAGGUCAAGGCACCCAGUACGCCGGGAUGGGUCAAGAAUUAUGCAAAUUAUCACCUAUUUUCCGCCAUCAUUUUGAUCACUGUACUAAAGUUCUAAAACAAGAGCAUAAUUUUGAUCUGAAAUCUGCAAUCUGGACAACACCAAACUUAGACCCUGCCAUCGUUUCUCAAGUCGCCAUAUUCGUCUUUGAAUACGCAAUGUGUCAACUCUGGGCGGCAUGGGGUGUCAAACCGGACGUUGUGGUGGGACACAGUUUAGGGGAAUUUGUCGCUGCCGUCAUUGCUGGAGUCAUGACUUUAGAAGAUUCUCUAAAAUUGGUAGUAAAUCGAUGCCGUUUAGUCGAUUCUUUGCCGCAGGGUGGCAUGGCCGUUGUUGGAAAGGACGAAAAUACGACAGUGGACCUCCUUAAGAGCUUUCAGUCCUCUUCAGGACACCAACUGGACAUUGCAGCUGUUAACUCAAACACACAAACCGUCGUGUCGGGAAGCGACAAGGAUAUCAAUGACUUCAUUACCCACGUGAAAGCCUUGAACAUCACUGCCAUCAAGCUUAAUUCCACCGUGGCUUUCCAUUCUCGAUGCUUGGAACCAAUUCUAGCCAAGUUCAAAGCGAUUGCUGACACCGUAACGUACUCGAAACCAACGUGCACUUUUAUUUCUUCCUCGACCGGGCAGGAGCACACCGACUUUGGUGCUUCCUAUUGGGUUAAUCAAACCCGAAACUCGGUGCAAUUUAAGAAAUGCUGCUCACCGUUUGCAGAAUGUGGAGAUGUUUUCAUUGACGUGGGUGCACAUCCGAUUCUAAUCCCACUUCUGCAAACAAACGUUGCCCAAACCCCAAAACCGAAAUGUCUUCCAUCCAUCAAUCGAACAUCUCCACCUUGGGACACUUUGACAACUUCUUUAGCUACUUUAUACACGCUGGGAGUGGACGUGAACUGGACAGAUUUUCAUAGUUUUCUACCCGGAGAGAAAGUUGCACUGCCGCAUUAUCCAUUCCAACGGAAAAAGUAUUGGUUCAAUGUUGAAGAUGAAGGAUCCUCAAACACGUCGGCGAGAGGGGGCAAGAAGGAAUUUCCUUUGAUUGGCUGGAACAUUCAGACACCUUUGGACACAGUCAUUUACAUCAAUUCCCUCAGUCUUAAGACAGUGCCAUACGUUGCGGAUCACAAGGUUGGUGAACAUGCCGUCUACCCGGGAGCCGCAUACGUCGAAAUGUUCUUCGAGGCCGCAACCAAACUGGGAUUUCCGGCUGUCGUGCGUAACAUCCGGUUCCGAGCACCGCUUGUCCUAAGUGAAGAAGGUGCCCAGGAGACGCACACCAUCAUAUGCCGAGAAACUGGGAAAGCGCAAAUAUUCUGUCGUCCUUCCAACAUGGCCGCUUGGGUCUGCCAUGCUGAAGCCGAAUUAAGUGCAGAGCUGCCACCUGCCGUACCGAAACAGUCAUCAUCUUCCAUUUUCGACAACAUACAGGCGAGAGACAAUAAGACCACGUUGUACGAUCGCCUCAAGACCUUGGGCUAUAACUUUGACACUCAAUUUCAAACCAUUCAAAAAGUCUCAGAAGGGGCUAAUGGAGAAUUUCUGAUUGAAAUCGAAGUGCCAGUAUCGGAUAAGGACGGUCACAUUUGUCAUCCGAUCGUCAUUGAUGCCGUAAUGCAAUCCUUUGUCGUUACAUGCACCGACGACUUCAACUCUCUUCAUCUGCCUUCUGCCAUUGCUCACUUCGAAAUCCUCUCAAGUCCGGAGGGACCCUUGAAAUAUGUUCACAUUACCCCUAGCGUGGUUUACCUUCUGGACUCUAAACUCGGCGUGGUAGCUGUCAUGCGAGGCAUGGAAACGAUGCGUUCAACGUUUGAAAACAUUCAAAAAGCGCUUGAUGGUGGAUCUGAAGUGAAAACCACACCUCUGUUUGAAGAACAAUGGAUUUCUGCCCCCACAACGGCGUCAUCCUUGAAGCAAUUCUCAUCACUGGUGAAGCAGGACGACAUCAUUCGACCUGAACGGGUGACUGACACGGCAGAAAUUUUAGCCUUGAAUCAAGGAAUUGGAAAAGGAAUCAUGUCAUCCCUGAAGGGAUUAGGGUGGGAUUCUUUAAAGGUUGGAGCUACCAUUGACGCAGAUAUUGUCAUCCAGCAAUUUGGCCUGAUUACGGCAUCACCAUCGCACAAAAUUGUUCAUCGCUUGAUGGAAAUUCUAACGGAAGAAGGAUAUCUUCAAGCCCAUGGAAAUUUUUUCAAAAUUCUGAAAGCCCUACCUUCUGUAGAAUCACUGCUCAAGGAUAUCGACUCUUGCCGAAAAACAAGCCACAACCUCUUGAAAGAAUGGGAAUUGAGCGAUCUGUACUUGGCAAAUUUAGUUCCCAUUCUAAAAGGGAAAGUCAACGCUUUGGAGCUUCUCUUUCCCGCGGCGGGAUCCAAUACUUCUGCCGAAACGUUUUACGUGGAAGCUGAAUCCUCGAAACAAAUUAACGCCACGCUUCAUGCCACGUUCACCGCGCUGUUUGAAAAGGCCUCAUCCGCAUGGGAUUCAUCGCAUCAGAAAGAAAUCCACAUUUUAGAAAUCGGUGCUGGUACCGGAAGUGCGACAUCCGUUGUGCUCCCUCUACUGACGAAAUUUGAAAUUCCUUUCACCUACACCUACACGGAUAUCUCUUCCGCCUACUUUCUCAAAGCGGACGCAAAGUUUGCUCGCUGGAAGGAGUCCCUCAUUUUUAAAACCUUUAACGUUGAAGAGCCCCCAGAAGCGCAAGGCUUCCCUCCAAACUAUUACCAUCUCGUGGUAGCAUCCAACGUACUUCACGCCACGGUUGACCUCACACAAACUAUGACGCACACGAGACAACUUCUCAGGAAGUGGGGUUUGCUCGUCCUCGCUGAAACGUUCACGCCUCAAAGACAUUACGACAUCACGGUGGGUCACUUGGAUGGUUAUUGGCGUUACAAGGAUAUCGAUCUUCGACCAAAUCAUUGCACCGUUACGGAAAACACGUGGCAUAAAACGCUGGAUAAAACCAACUUCCGGGUUGUUACAUCAACUGCAGUGUACAAUGGGGGAUUGGGAGUCAUCUGUGCAGAGGCAAACGAGGAGAGUCGAAUCGUAGAAACAUCUCAGAUAUCGAAAUGGAUUGUAUUCUCGGAUGGGUCAGAAUUGGCGAAGGAUAUUUCAAACAGGUUAAAAUUCCAGGGAAGAACUCCCAUUACAGUUCUGAGUGGAUCAAGUUAUGCCGAUGUGGACGCUACUUCAAUCCAAAUUAAACCCGGGGACAGAGAAGACAUUAAGAAGGUAUUUACUCAAGCGAACAAGCUGGAGGGCGUGAUUUACAUGUGGGGCUUGCUCGACCGCCUUGACAUUGCCGAUAUUUGGCGAUCCUAUCUCUUCACGAUUCAACAACUGGCGUCAAAGUUUCCUCACGACGCCCCAAAACUUGCCGUGAUCACCCGUGGCUUGUUUCACGUCACUGACCAAACGCCAGUAUUCCCAGCUGCUGCCACACUUUCAGGAAUCACGAGAUCAUUUCUCACCGAAUAUCCACACUUUUCUGCCAAAGUCAUCGACUUGGAUGGUGACGCGAUGAACAGCAUAAGCAACACAGCUGACAUUCUAACUUCACAAAUUUGGUCACCCAUCAAAGGAUCAGGAAAAGAAGCACUUGUCGCAGUCCGAGGCAACCUGCUACACUACGGCCGACUUCGGCAACUGAGAAAAGGCCACACUUUCUCCAAACUUUCACUUCCAAAACAAACCGCGUUCUGUCUCGACAUGCCAAAAACCAAUUCAAUUUCCGAUCUCAAAUUCAAAUCUUUCAAUCCCGCAGCCCUUCAAGGUGACGAGGUCGAAGUCAAGAUACGUGCCAUUGGUCUCAACUUCAGAGAUGUGUUCCUAGUUUUCCGAGCAUUCGAUCAAAAAUCGGUCGCUCUUGGAAGCGAUGUUGCCGGUGUGGUAACAAAAGUUGGAAACGCGGUUACAAAAGUGAAAGUCGGUGACGCCGUGUUUGGAGCGAGGAGUUCACAAACACCUUUCCCAAGCAUUGCGACGAUGCGAGAAGACGAACUGCUGCAUAUUCCAGAUCACGUGACAUUUGAGGAAGCCGUCACUUAUCCGGUCGCUUUCUCCUCUGCGUACUACGGCCUCGUGAUGCUCGCUGGAAUGAAAAAGGGCGACAACGUUCUCAUCCACACUGCCACUGGAGCUGUCGGCCUUCGAGCAAUUGCUCUUGCCAAUGAAAAGGGAGCCAACGUUUAUGCAACUGCUGGAAGUCGUAGAAAGCGCGCUUAUCUUAAGAAUAUUGGGAUCCCAUCAGAUCACAUUUUCAAUUCUCGAGACACCUCGUUCGAACAAAAAAUUCUAGCUCUCGGCAAAGGUUCCCCAAUAAUCGAUAUUGUCCUCAACUCCGUGACGGGACCUGGUUUCAAGGAGGCGUCACUUGCUGUUUGUAGAAAAUCUGCCAAAUUUGUAGAACUCAGUGUUAUGAAUGUCUGGACGAAUGAAGAAGUAAAGGAGUUGAGACCUGAUGUGACCUACUUCAAACUGGAUCUCAGUGAGUCGGCCUAUUUGUCCGAGAUUUGGGGAACUAUUCUUGCCGAGUUGAAUAAGACGAUUUCAAACAAAAAUGUUAAACCGAUGCCAAUUACGCAUUUUCAAGCGGAAUAUGUUCGAGAUGCGCUAACUUUCCUGCAGAAGGCAAAACACGUUGGGAAAAUUGUGUGCAGCUUCCCUAUCACCGAUGGAGCAAAGGAAUCGCCAUUAUUUAACGAGAGAAGCUUGUACUUAUUGGCUGGAGGUUUGGGAGGCAUCGGUCUCAAGGUGGCGGAGUGGAUGGUUUCCCACGGUGCCAAGCAUAUUGUUCUGACGAGCAGGAGUGCACCGUCUCAAGAGGCUACGAUGACCAUGGAGAAGCUUAACUCUACUCAAGGAGCUAAUGUAUUUUCUGAAAAACUAGAUGUUUCCAGCUACCAGGAAGUAUCCAGUCUUCUCCAGAAACUAGCGGCUCGACCAAACCUACCCAUUCUUCGAGGAGUCAUGAAUCUCGCAGGUGCACUUAGCGACGGCCCGAUCUUGGAACAAACUGAAGGAAAGUACAAUGUAGUUCUUCAAUCUAAAGUGGAUGGUUCUUGGAAUCUUCACCUGCUAACGAGGAAUCUGCCACUGGAGCAUUUUGUUCUAUUUUCGUCCUUCGCUGCCGUGGUGGGAACACCAGGACAGAGCAAUCAUGCUGCCGCUAAUUCCUUCGAAGAUGCUUUGGCCGCAUUCCGACAUAAUUCAGGACUUCCUGCGACCUCCAUAAAUUGGGGACAGUGGGGUGAAGCCGGUGUGGUUGUAGGCCAUAAGAUUCACGGAUACACGCCUAUGCCCACGUCCGCUUGUUUAGCUUCUCUUCAAACCGUGAUGACGACACAUUUACCCCACGUGAUUGCACUAGAUGGAAAUCAUGCCGUGUGGAAAAGUCUAUUUCCAUGGACGGAGGCGUACUUUAAACCUCUUUACGAUGCCACAAAAGCAGCGGGACCAUCCAAAAAGAUUGAGAAAGGUGGUCCCGACACAUUUUGGCGAGAAAUGUCCGAGGCGCCUACUGACGACGCGGUCUCAUUGGUUGUUUCCAAUCAAAUUCGAUGCGUCCUUGCCUCCCUCUUGGACCAACCGCCCGAGGAUAUCGCCAACGACCAAGAACUUGGCCUCGAUUCCCUUAUGAAUAUCGAACUGCGCAAUUCUCUCCAGUUUUUGGUUGGUCCAACCGUCACCGUUCCAAGUACAUUAUCAUCCUGCGCCAAUCUGGACGAAUUAACAGCAACAAUUGUGGAGCUCACUAAAGGGAAACAGGGAAGUCAAACCACUAUCGACAAAUCUAACGAGUCUUUUGCUACCGUUGUAAAGGAAGAGGUUGAUUUAGCGGUCACUGCCAUUACGGGCACACCAACGCCACCAAACACAACACCGGAUAAACCUGCCUCGCAAAUCCAGACUUGCCUUUUGACCGGAAUAACAGGGAAUCUUGGUCCGUACGUUCUGCAACAGUUAACACAACGCCCAACAAUUACUCGAGUCACAUGUCUCGUUCAAGCCGAAAAUGACGACGCCGCUACACAACGCGCCGUUAAACAUCUCUCUCAUUUGCAAGUUUUGGAUAAAAUCGACAUGUCGAAAGUCACCAUUAUUGCUGGGACUCUAUCUCGAAGCAGUUUCGGCCUCUCCAAUUCAGCAUAUUCAUCCCUUGCGUCCUCAGUCGACGCCGUAUUCAACAUUGCUGCUGCCACAUCUCACGUUGAAUCUUAUCCUCGCCGAGGUGAAACUGAGACAAAUUCACUUCGUCAAGUCAACGUCCUCGGAGUGCGAGAAGUGGUUACUUUCGCAACUACAACAAAGUCAAAAUACAUUUUCCAUGCUUCCUCCUUGGCCACCGUGAUGAACUCGGCUAAAAGUGCGUCCGGAUCAGACAUAUUGCAGGAGGGAUGGACCCCUAAUCAGGAAUUUGACAAUGCACCCAAUUUCGGGUAUAUUGUGUCAAAAUUCGUGGGUGAGAAGGUAAUCGAAGGAGUGCUUCGUGAGAUAAAACUACCCGUCAAGGUGUUCAGGUUCCCACUCGUGUGCGGUUGUUCGACAUCAGGACAACAGGAAGUCUUGAAGAACAAUUUUUUCAUGAAAUAUUUGUACUACUUCAAAUCCGGCCUCAUGCCAAAGGACGACAUUCCCAUCCCACUUCUUCCCGUGGAUCAUUGCGCUGCGAUCUCGUUGGCUGUAUUUUUCUCGGAUAAAGCUCCAUCCGACGUGUACAACAUUGUGAAUCCUUCCGUCCCUUCGGAAGUGGAGCUGGUCAGGCUCGGAGCAAAGUUGGGGCAUCCGAUAAAGCAGGUUGAUUACGACCAAUGGGCGAAACACAUGAAGGAGGAUAAGACCUGUCUCCUCGGCGCAUUAAAGCAUUUCUACACUGACCCCCAAAGAUAUCCAAAACUGAAGAGUGAAAUGAAAAUGUUGGACGGAUGGAGGGCUAAUAAGACUUCUUACUAUCAUAGCAACAAGGUCGAGAAGUAUCUUCCGAAUUUGAAACAAAUUGUUGAAGAUCCAAUGAUCACGCUACAACGGGAUAUGGAGUAUGCACUCAAACAAGUCAAUUAAACUGAAAAUAAAUUAAAUCUAUGAAAUUAUACUGGUGAGCAUAUAUAUUCGGGACAUCAAAUUGGUUUGCAAAAAUGUCAUUAUUUUAAUUCAAGGAAUAAAUAAAAUAUAAAAUAAACAAUUAAAUUGA